AUGAGUGACGAAGAUUAUUGCUCAGAGGUGCCAGAGAAUGAAUUUGAAUAUCGAUAUGGUGGUCCUCAGGCAGAGGAAGAUGAAGGAACAGGAGAUGCUGAAGCAAAACGUAAGGCAGAGGAACGUGAGAAGAAGAAAGCUGAAGUACGUAAGCGACUCGAGGAAGCUGGAUCAAAGAAAAAGGCUAAAAAAGGUUUUCUUACACCAGAGAGAAAGAAGAAGCUUCGAAAAUUGCUUAUGAUGAAAGCAGCUGAAGAUCUUAAACAACAACAACUGUUGAAAGAACAGGAAAGGCAAAAAGUUCUUUCACAACGCACGAUACCAUUGCCAGAUGUUGACAGUCUCGAAGAUCAUGGCAAACUGGAAGAAAUCUACCAAAAGUUAUUCGAUCAUAUGAUUAAAUUAGAAGAGGAAAAAUACGAUAUUAAUCAGGCUGUAAUGGCCAAAGAUGCUGAGAUCAAUGAAUUAACGAUUGCUGUUAACGAUCUGAGAGGCAAAUUCGUAAAGCCAACUCUGAAAAAAGUUUCGAAAUAUGAUAAUAAGUUUAAAAAAAUGGCUGGGCAGAAGAAGGAAGAUAAACAAGACUUCCGAGCCAAUCUUAAGGUUGUCAAGAAAGAAAACGUCAUCGACGAUAUUGUGAAUAAGAAGAAAACUGAUAAGCCUAACUGGUCGAAGAAGGGCGAAAAGCCUGCAGAGACCGAGGAAAAGAAAGAAGCUCCAGAACCUGAAGCACCUGAAGAACCUGAGCCUCAGGAAGAAGGACAAGUGGAAGAAGCAGAAGGCGAGGGUGAAGAAGAAGAGGAAGGAGAUGAAGAAGAGGAGGAAGAAGAAGAAUGA